CACUCGCCGCGGAUCCGCCGGACAGCAAGGCCCCGGUCCGGGGCAGGGGGGGACGCCCCCCUCCGGGGCACCCCCCGGCUCGGAGCCGCCCGCCGCUAAGGGCCUGCGCCCCGGGAGCUGAGCGCAGGAAGGAGCCGCCGAGGAGCAGCCCGAGGCCACAGAGUCUGAGACGAGCCGCCCCCGCCGCCGCCGCCGCCGCUGCGGGGAGGAGGGGGAGGAGGAGCGGGAGGAGGGACGAGCUGGUUGGAGAAGAGGAAAAAAGUUCUGAGACUUUUCCGCUGCCGCUGGAAGCCGGAGGCGCGGGGACCGCUUGGCGCGGCGCUGGCCCGGGAGGAGGCAGAACUUGGGGACCCCCUCCUCCAGGACGCCUCCCCCUCUCCUCCUCGGACGCUUGCUCCCCUCCCUCCUUCCUACAAAGCGACCCCAGCGCCCCCUCUUCCGGACCAGCCUUCCGGAGCCACAGACCCCGUCUCCCGCGAAGGCAUUGCCCCUCGACCUCGGACGCUCCCCCUGCCCGGCGCCCUCCCCUUGGUCCCUUCUCUGGCCCCGGCGCAACCUACAACCUUACCUUCCCCGGGCGACGGGUCGGUCUCUCUCAGACCUGCCCUACUGGCUCCCCUAUUCAAGACCACCCACCUUCUGGUAGCGGAGCCCACCGGGGUUCCGUUUUUUUUAUUUUUUUUUUUCUUUCCCGUAGGACUCGGAAGACAAACCCGGGUCAGAGCCACCCCUAAAACCUUGCUUCUUUCUUUCUGAGAAACUCAACUUCCCCUCGAGACCCUCCUCCUUUUCCCCGGGAGACCCUCAGCCCCCCUACCGGGGCGGGGCCUCCCCAUCCCACCCCAGCCCCGUUGGCGCCCUCGGCAGUGCCGGGGUGCGCCACCUCCCCCAUGCCGCCCUCCGGGCUGCGGCUGCUGCUGCCGCUAGUCCUGCCGCUGCUGUGGCUCCUACUGUUGGCGCCCGGCAGGCCGGCCGAGGGACUGUCCACCUGUAAGACCAUCGACAUGGAGUUGGUGAAGCGGAAACGCAUCGAAGCCAUCCGCGGCCAGAUCCUGUCCAAGCUGCGGCUAGCCAGCCCCCCGAGCCAGGGGGACGUGCCGCCCGGUCCGCUGCCCGAGGCCGUGCUCGCCCUGUACAACAGCACCCGGGACCGGGUGGCCGGGGAGAGCGCCGAGCCCGAGCCCGAGCCCGAAGCCGACUAUUACGCCAAAGAGGUCACCCGCGUGCUAAUGGUGGAUCCCAGCAACAAAGUCUAUAAAGAUUACAAAGAGAGCCGGCACAGUGUGUACAUGUUCUUCAACAGCACAGAGCUCCGGGAAGCCGUGCCCGAGCCCUGGUUGCUGUCCCGGGCAGAGCUGCGCCUGCAGAGGCUCAAGCAGCAGCAAGAGCAGCACGUGGAGCUGUACCAGCGAUACAGCAAUGAUUCCUGGCGCUACCUCAGCAAUCGGCUGUUGGCUCCCAGCAACACAGCUGAGUGGCUUUCCUUUGAUGUCACGGGAGUUGUGAGGCAGUGGCUGAGCCAAGGAGGGGAUAUCCAGGGUUUCCGCCUCAGCGCCCACUGCUCCUGUGACAACAAAGAUAACGUCCUCCAUGUGGACAUCAACGGGAUCAGUUCGGGCCGACGAGGUGACCUGGCCACCAUUCACAACAUGAACCGGCCCUUCCUGCUCCUGAUGGCCACCCCGCUGGAGCGGGCCCAGCACCUGCACAGCUCCCGGAGUCGGCGAGCCCUAGACACCAACUAUUGCUUCAGCUCCACAGAGAAGAACUGCUGCGUGCGGCAACUAUACAUCGACUUCCGCAAGGACCUGGGCUGGAAAUGGAUCCACGAACCCAAGGGCUACCAUGCCAACUUCUGCCUGGGACCCUGCCCCUACAUCUGGAGUCUGGAUACCCAGUACAGCAAGGUCCUGGCCCUGUACAACCAGCACAACCCCGGCGCUUCGGCGGCGCCGUGCUGCGUGCCGCAGGCGCUGGAGCCGCUGCCCAUCGUGUACUACGUGGGCCGCAAGCCCAAAGUGGAACAGCUGUCCAACAUGAUCGUGCGCUCCUGCAAAUGCAGCUGAGGCCCCGCCCCACGCCCCGCCCCGGCAGGCCCGGCUCCGCCCCUCCGCCCGCCGCGCCCCGAGGGGCUGUAUUUAAGGACUGCUGUGCCCCAGCCCACCUGCGGGCCAUUAAAGGUGAGCGAGA